AAAAGGAAGUUAAUACCAAUCAUAAUACGUAAAAGGAUUAAAAUCUGAGCACCAGAAAAUAAAAAACAACGAACGAACACUUUCGAACGUAACAGGAACAAUCACACUGGAACAACAUGGCUUCGUCAUUUCUGAAAGGAUUGCCAGUAUACAAUGAACAGAAUUUUAGCAGGUUCCAGGGUGACCCCAGUGGCCGUACCUCAUACAAGAAGCCACCUGUUUAUUUACCCACAAAAGACAGCCCUGGAUCGCAAGAAAUUGUAACAGAAAAGACAAACAUUCUCUUACGAUAUCUUCAUCAGCAGUGGGAAAAGAAGUGUCCUAAAAAGAAACGGGAAACAGGAAGCGGCAGCAACGAAGAGGAAGCCCCUCGCAACAAGCGACCCCGAUUAGAACCAGGUCCCUCCUCUGACUCCCCCUAGCCACCCUCACAGCUCUGCUAGUGAACGAAAGACUGUUUGUAGGACGUCUGGGUGAGGUGAUCUUAUAGUGUUCAGAAGUGGGGUGGCCACUCCUAGUCCAGCCGAAAGCUAUAUUGUCAUAAUCAUUCCUGAAGUGGAAGGAUCAUGCUCAGAAAUGAAUCUGCUGAAGGAUGGAAUGUAUCUCAUAGGUUACAUUUGUGAAGUUUGUGGUGAAAACGGGGCAGCGAAAGACUGAUGCUCGUUUUUCUGACAAGUUUUGUGUGAGUGGGACACAAAAAAAAUAUAUGGAAAUAAGAUAAUAAUUCAAUGUUGUAACAUUGUAAAAGGAGUUUGUUUAGAGGUGAAUGAAAUGUUUAUAUGAUAGUGUAAGAUAUAUUUUUUGAAGGUUUACAUGGUCUUCCUUCACACAAUAUUGUAUUUUUUUCUUUUAUAAUUAUGUUAGUGGAGCAUAUUAACUUAAAAAUAAUUUAGUAAUGAUAUUGGCUAUUAUUUUAGAUCCAAAUUUUAGAAGCAUGUAGUGCAGGUAUAAAAAAAAGAAAACAUAUGUAACAUUAUUUCAUAAAUACAUGGAGAAAUAGAUACUUAUUGGCCAUAGAUAUUUCAGAGAUGUGAGAGAGUCAAAGAAAAAAUAAAAAUUUCAAGGGAGUAUGACAGUUGUUUUAUUAUAUGACCUGUCUUUGAUAAUUUACAUCUUUAAAAUAAAUUAGGCAGAUAGAGGACUUAAGUUGAUUUAACAAAAUAAUUUCUACUUCUCUGUUUACUUCAGUUAUUCCUAUAGUUAAAACCAUCUGUGGGGAUGGAAUACCCAGGUUCAGUGUUAUGAUGUAGCCAAUAGAUGAAACAGUUCAAAUUGUCUUUUCUGUAUAGAGGGUAUCUAGAUUCAGGCAGUUGACCUAACGAGUAUUUUUUAAAGUGUCCUGUAAAAAUGCUUACUAAAUAAAAAUAUAUUUGCAUCUG